CUUCGGUGUACUUGAAACGCAAGUACUUUCUUUUUGGUCAAUGGCACAAGUCUUCAUGCCAAAAUGAAGCUCUUAAUUCUGGCCGUUUCCAUCCUCUAUUUUGUGACUAGCUCACUCUCAGUGGUCCCUAUCUCAGAUAAGUUUGAAAGAUUUCAGUCUCUCUCUCGCCUUGGACUGGUUGACCUGGACGAUUCAUCAUAUGAACACCUGACGUCCAAACCCCGAGAUUACCAUGCUGCGGUCAUCCUGACGGCUACUGAAGCCCGAUAUGGAUGCACUAUUUGUCGUGAUUUUCAGACGGAGUGGGAGCUCAUUGCUCGGAGUUGGAACAAGGGUCCUAAGCCGGAAGGGCUCAAACUACUUUUUGGUACCCUGGAUUUCAAUAAUGGAAGGGGUACCUUCCAGAAACUCAUGCUUCAAACUGCACCAGUUGUCUUGCUGUUCCCUCCGACUGUCGGACCUUAUGCUAGAAUUGACAGCUCUCCCGCGAGAUUUGACUUCAGCGGUCCCAUAACAGCCGACCAGCUUUACUCUUGGAUUGAUCGACACCUUCCCGAGGGCCCAAAACCUCAGCUUGUCCGGCCUGUGAAUUAUGUGCGACUCGUUUCCAUUGUGACUAUUUUUAUGGGGGUAUUCACCCUUUUCACGGUUUCUUCUCCAUACAUUCUUCCAAUUCUCCAGAACCGAAAUCUCUGGGCUGCCGUCAGUUUGAUUGCAAUUCUCCUUUUUACAAGUGGGCAUAUGUUCAAUCAUAUCCGCAAGGUACCUUACGUUGCUGGUGACGGCCGGGGCGGUAUCAAUUACUUUGCAGGUGGCUUUUCUAAUCAAUUUGGAAUGGAAACGCAAAUAAUUGCUGCAAUUUAUGGUGUCCUUUCUUUUGCGACAAUUGCUCUUGCGAUGAAAGUGCCGCGGAUGGCAGACAUCAAAGCACAACAAUUGGCAGUCGUCAUAUGGGGAGCCAUCCUGCUUGGCAUAUACAGUUUUCUCCUGAGUAUCUUCAGGAUGAAAAAUAGCGGAUACCCCUUCUUCCUCCCUCCAUUUUAGUUUGAUUCUGCCUGCCAAGAAUAACAGCUCGUGGUUUCUUUGGCAAUAUAUAGGGCUCUGCGGCUGUUGUAUUAUUCACACGAGAAGACUAGUUAAUGCAGAAGGUUAAAAGGGCUGAGUCUGUUGGUUGCCGCUGAACCGGCCUUAGAAAAUUAACUCCGUCUACUCUG